CAGCGCAUGCUCAGUGCCGCCGCGGCGGCGGCCAACUGCCGCGCCGCAGCGGCAUAGCGCGGGGCGCUUGUGUCCAGUGGCGGAGGCGCGAGCGGGGCGGCUCAUGGCGAGCCCGGCUCUGAGCAGCUCCGUGGAGCGUCUGAAGCGGCGCUACCUGCGCGGGGAGCCGAGGCCCGCGGGGGAUUGUCUUUCAGGUUCAUUACAGAACAAAUGUAAAAAAGGAAACUCCCUAACAUAUACAGGUAACUUGGACAGUUCAUCAGAUAAUACAAUUAUGCCUUUGUCCAUACAUUUUUCACAAUCAAAAAGUACCCACAAUGGAAGAAAGCACUAUAGCAAACCUCUUAGUGACUUGUUCAAGAGUUUCAAAAACUUGGAUUGCUGUGAUGAUGAGCUGGAUUCGCUCUAUGAUUCAAGUCAGCUAGAACUAGAGGAAGAGGUCAUUGUAAAUGUCUCUGCAACUGAUGCAAUUCCAAAUACAGUCACGUACACAUAUACAGAAACAGAUGUCACCCUACCAUCCAAUUUGGCUACAAACACAGUAACAUGUAGUGACCAUGAUAUCAGUAGUGGUCUGGUUAGGAAGAUCGUGAGCAAGCCUGAAACUCAGGUAUUGAGUGGUCAAAGAUUAAUACCAUCUCACAUCAACCAGAUUUAUGACGAGCUAUAUGUCAUACAUCAGAAACUGCAGGUAGGAACUGGAAAUGACUUUAGAAUAUUUAGAAUUUUUUUUUUUUAA